UCAGGUUUUUUCCACUUUCAAUGAUUGGUAAGUGCGGGACGGUAAAGAUGGCGGCCGAGCCGCUGGUGUGUGCGAGUUGUCAGGAGAGAUGACGGUGAUCAGCCCGGGAGCGGAUUGUACCGCUGCGGCACUGUCGGUGUAGAGGAUUUAAACCGUUCAACGUCUUGUUGACUUGCUAAGGAACAACAAAAAAAACAUUUCUGGUCCCACUUCGGGUGUAGCAGCGCUCCUUCAGCCCAAAUGGAGGACAUCAACUCGAACAUCAACGCGGACUUGGAGGUGCGGAAGCUCCAGGACUUGGUCAAGAAGCUCGAGCAGCAAAACGAGCAGCUGCGGAGCCGCUCUGCUCUGUUGUCGUCCUCUGGGGGCCUGGUGGCCAACGCCAGGCCGCUGAGCGCCGGCUUCGACUCGCCGCUGUCGGCCGGAGCGGUGGCCGCCAGUCUGGCGGGGUUCACCGGGGCGGGGUUCGGCGGCGUGCGGUGCUUCGGCGGCGGAGCGCCACUGGAGAACUCGCGCUGUGCGAGCCCCAGGCGCUCGUACCACGGCGGCUACGGCUCGGCGUACGACAGCGACGGCUCCACGACCAGCACGAACUCCUUCACCGCCUCUGUGAGCACCCCGUACUAUCGCCGUCACGAGUCUCUGGAUCGCGGCGACGACCGAGAGUCUUCGGUCCUGGACGAGGUGGAGAUUCUGGAUCUGGAGGACAUGGACUGUCUGAACGAGGACGAAGACAGCUGGUUAUAUGAGGCGAAGCUGAACAGUCCCCUUCAGAAAGCCCUCAGUCCCAUCGUGUGGUGUAGACAAGCCCUGGACAAUCCUAGCCCUGACAUGGAGUCAGCCAAACGCUCCCUUCUGCACAGACUCGACCUCACCAUGACAGCGAAUAAGAGGCGGAGUCUGUACAACAACACCUACAGCCCUCAGGUGGCCUACGGAAGCUCAUGCAGUCCAAACGCAGCAAACAGCCCCUACAGUAGCGGCUUCAACUCCCCUUCCUCCACUCCCUGCAGAGUGCCUAUCGUCAAGCAACUCGUACUGCCGAGUAGCACAGGUUAUCAGCGUGGCUCUGUGGACAGAAACGCCACUGCGGUCAGCCCUCAGUCAUCAGUGGACAGCGAGCUGAGCACUUCCGAGAUGGACGAGGACUCCGUCGGAUCUUCGACCACCUACAAGCUCAAUGAUGUCACCGAUGUGCAGAUUCUCGCCCGCAUGCAGGAGGAGAGCCUACGUCAGGACUACGCUGCCACGGCGUCACGUCGCAGCUCGGGCUCAUCGUGCCAGUCCCUGAGACGUGGCACUCUCAGCGAUCAGGAGCUGGACGCACAGAGUCUGGAGGAUGACGAGGAGGCAGCCAUGCCCAUGGCCUACCACCACACACCCAUCACGCGCUUCAGCCCCUCACCUCGCGCCUCGCCCCGUGUUUCACCUCGCCACUCUCCACGCUCACGUUCACCUGCCCGUGCCUCACCCCAGCCAAUCAUGAGUCGCCUGCAGCAGCCCCGGCUCUCGCUGCAAGGCCACGCCCAUGAAACCCACACGAACGCAAUCAAGAACGAAGAAAAAUUACGGCGCAGUCUUCCCAACCUGACGCGUUCCGGCUCUGGUCCUACUGUCGAACCUGUCAAAAACAGUCGCAGCUGUGAGUCCAACCUGCAGGUGCCAAAUGGAUCUCCUCGACACCAGAGCCAGUCAGCCACAGCGCAGCACCAAAGGCUCUCCGGGCCGGCACGUGCCUCCCCGAAACCCAAAGAGCGGCUGCAGAGCCCCACGUCUCUAAGAGUUCCCCCUAGCAGUAAGUUGCGCACGCCAGCAGCACCGUCACCCCUCGCCCUUCGCCAGCCCAUGAAAGUGGUGUCUAAUCCUGGUUCUGUCACCACCACACCCACACGCUCUCUGGCACCGACCCGGAGUGGUCUGCCACGCCCCAGCGGUCCUGCUGCUGGGGGUUUACCUGUUCCUCGCAGCAAACUGGCCCAGCCUGUGCGCAGGUCUCUGCCGGUUCCACGCACGUACAGUGGUGUGAGGGACGAGAGUUGGAGAGAGGGCUGCUACUGAGGCGCUGCUACUACAGCACAGAGACAGACACUGUCCAACCCGGCACUUUACUGAUCCACACAAACGAGCAAGAGUUUCCCCUCUUCCUCUUAAUCCUCUUAAUCCGCAUACAAUCAGCGCCGAUUAGAAACUCUCACAUCAGUGACGAUGCUCAUAUCAUGGCUGGCUGGACAUCAGUGAACGCCAAAGAACCCGACCGAGACGGACACAGAGCUGCGCUCACAAUCCAAACAGCUCAGACAGAGAGAACGGCCUCGACCCGAUCUCUCUCUAAUAAACCUGUACGUCUUCAUCAUCACGCUCUGCUUCUGCGUCCUGCAGAGGAGACCCUCGACUAUCGCUGCACGCCUCGUCUCAUCCCCCCUCUGUUGCCUGUUGCAAUCUUGACAGGGUGGAAUACCAAGUCGUUCGAACGGUAUUUCACGACGGCCGAAAAUAAAUAAAUAAAUCAAUAAAAGCAAGCGGCUGUUUGGUGAUCAAACCCCUUAGUGUCUUUCAGCGGGAAUGUCUCGUCAUAUCUGCGUGACGAUUAUUUAUUUCGAAAUCAUUACGUAAGAGAUUAUUUACAGAAUAUAUUCUGACUCAGUUUUAGGGGUUUUUUUGGUUUUUUAAAACUACACCUUAUUGAAUGUUAAUGUUUAAACCUCAACUAUGAAGCUGAAGCUACUUUUCCAAAGCGUUUUUUUAAUUUCUUUCUUUUUUUUUUUUUUUUUUUGACGGAUCCACGAUAAACCAGUGUGUUGUAAAAGAUUUGGGUUAGGAAUUAUUUAACAACCGAGAUGCACCAGGGUGGAUGUUUUUGUAUGUUCAAAUGUGACCUCAUGGACUGGAGGAUCAUUGGGGGGGGUGUUAAGUUAUAUGUCCAGACGGAAAUUGGGAGUGUAUCAUGUCUGAAUUCUGCGGUCCAAUUGUUGUAACCCAUUCGAUGUUUUAAAAAAACAAAAAAAAAAGGAAAAGAAAGGAGGAUAUCUGUCUGUCUCCUACUCAGGGGUGGGGUAGAGGGUAAUGUUUGGAGGGGGAGGGUGGUGUGGGGGUCGGCGGGGUCCAUAGGAUGACAUUGUGAUGUGUAUUGUGUUGGAAAAGAAAAGUGUUCUCAUUAUGAGCUCCUCUCUGCCAUCACGUAAAAAAAAAAAAUGCACACGUAGGCUUCAGGGUCGUGGUCCAGCAACAGGAAACGGACCAGGAAGUCCCGAGCAAGACCCAAGGGGUUACUGCAGCGAGAGCUCGAGAUCAAGGAGAACGCAGGAGUGCACCUGAACGGCACUGCCACUUCAGACUGCAAUCGUUUUAAACAUGAGUGCCUAUCAUUUAUGAAGUUGUGAUUACUUCAGUGCUUUUGUUUGCUUUUUAUAAGACAUAAAUAUAUUUUUUGUUUGUGCCAACAGAGUCGACUUUGCCAUUAUGAUUUGCUUCAGGGGUCUCGGAGUUUUCAGCCGAUACGUUAUUAGUAUUAUUUUUUUCUUUCUGGUUUUUGCAAUUGCUUUGAUAACAUUUAUAUGUAUGUUAUAAACGCGUUGAUAUUUAUGACUUAAUGCUCAGAUGUAAUAAGAGGCUUAUUUAUUAAAACAAAGUGAAACCCGUGAACAGUCCGGGGCAGCGUUUGGUGGGACGUCCGGGCCUGGUGUGGACGUGAGGACUCUUCAUCCCACACCGUUUUCUGGACAUGUUUUGUUAAACAUUUUUAUAUCUCCACAAACAUGAUGCUCAGUUUUUGUUAUUUUUUCCCCUCACGUAUCCACGUUCACGUUUCAAAUAAAACGCCUAAAACAGCA